AUGUCAGAUAAUAGAAAGAGAAAGGCUGAGAAUGAGUCUCGUGGUCUACAAACAGAACUUCAUCCAGCUUUGAAAUCGGCCAACUUAACAUUAAUCAAAGAACAGCAACAUCACAGUAAUCCAUAUAUAAGUAAUGAUCAUAAUGCUGGUAAUAACCGUAAGAGAGCUCAUCUAUCUAGAUUUUUCCGUAAAGGUGAAAUUAUUGAACGUGUAACUCAAGAACGUGCAAAAUUACGUGAGGUUGAGAAACAAUUGGAGGUAACGCUAGCAGAGGAACAAGAAGAGAAGAAACGUUAUCAAUUAAAGGUCAUUAGUGGUGAAUUACCAGAUCUUGAGAAGGGUGAGAAUAAAUUUAUUAAAAGUGUGGAUGAUAUACCUGAGGAUGUAGAGUGGUGGGAUGCCGUAUAUUUAGAUAAGAAGACUCAUCAAAUAUUAGGGAAAUACGUUGUUUCAGAUUAUGAAUCUGAGGAAGAAGAAGAAGAAGAAGAUAAUGAUCAAGAAGAUGGGAAUUAUGCGCCAAAUAUACGUUAUGUACAUCAUCCUUUACUUCAAGCUGAUGCGAAGGUAACUAAAGAUCAACUUACAAGGACAUAUCUUACCAAAAAAGAGCAUCGUAGGAUCCGCCGUCAUAAGAGAAAAGUUGAGCUAGAGGAGACAGAGACGAAAAUAAAAUUGGGACUUAUUCCUAAACCUGAACCGAAAGUAAAGCAGAGUAAUAUGAUGAAUGUAUUAGAGAAUGAUGCAAAUAUUGUGGAUCCGACAAGUUACGAGAAAAUUGUCAAGGAACAAGUUCAAGAACGUAAGGAUCAACAUAUUGCAACAAAUAAUUUACGUCAUGAGGAGGCAGUAAAACGUAGAAAGGAUGAGGCCAAGACUGUAACGAAAUUAGAUUUCGAAGACACAUAUUAUUGUAAUGUUUACAAAUUUCAAAAUCUUAACAAUCCACAACUACGUUAUAAAUUGAACAUGAAUGCGAAACAAUUGAAAUUAAGAGGUUGUUGUCUUCGAAUUGGUGAGGAGGGUCCUGGUUUAAUAAUUAGUGUGACGAACGAGAAGAACGGUAAAUUUUUCAAUAAAUUAAUAAUGAAUCGUCUCAAAUGGAAUGAAUCCUUCGAAAAUAGGUCAACUGGUGAAAUGAUUGAAAAUAAUGGGAACCGUGUUCAUCAUACGUGGAACGGGACUAUAAGACUUAAGGAACAUCCAUUUUCUGGAUGGUUUAUGAGAGUUUGUCGAAAUAGCGAUGAUUUAAAAGGUGCACUGGCACGAUUCAAUGGUGAGUCUUUUUAUAGAGAUACAUUAGGUACCUCGUCAUGA